AUGCGUCUCGUACUACAGGAGGUCAAGACCGACGAGGAGUUUGUCCCGCUCAUCGCCGCCCUGCGCGAAGGGUUCGCAAACCCGGACACGGCCGUCUGGCGACUCUUCAUGGGCGACUGGAAGCCCGACGACCCCGCGGCGCGCGAGGCUGCUCUCGUGGAGGCCACGGAGAGGAUGCGAGCCGAGCACCGCGCCGACCCGACGAGCACAUGGCUCAAAGUCAUCGACGACGAGACGGGGCAGAUUGUCGCCGGCGGCCGGUGGAGCUUCUUCGAGAGGGGCGGCCCGAACCCGUACGACGGGCAUCGGGAGGUCGAAGCGACGUGGUUCCCGGAGGGAGAGCCGCGGUGGGUUGCGAGUUUGCUGUUGAACGAUUUUCUGGAGAGGGCUGUGAGGAAUGCGAACUGGCCGCAUGCGUGUGAGUCUGUCGCAGGAAGCGAAAUCAGGUUUCACGCGAGGGUCGCUUCGCAGACUGACGUCGAGAUUACACCAGUUCUAAACAUUUUGUUCACGAUCCCGGAGUAUCGACGUCGGGGCGCGGCGUCUCUCGUCAUGGAUUGGGUUGUUGAGCGCGCUGAUUGCAUGGGGUUGGACGUCUACAUCGAGGCUAGCGAGGGCGGGAAGCCGCUGUAUGAGAAAUAUGGGUUUGAAGCCAUUGAGGAGAGCUAUUACGAGGUCGAUGACAGGAGACUACCGCCGCCGAGGGAUGUUGAGCUCCGAAGGGAGGCUGUGAAGCAGCUGUCGCGGUUCAGACGCUGGAGCAUGCUUAGGAAGGCCAGAGGUUGA